CAAGUUGGCCCGGGAGUCACGUUGUUCUUCAGUCAACCCAAUACCAGUACAAGUCAUUCAAACUUCAUUCACUUAAUACACACAAUUCUCUGUUCACGUACAUACAUUACAUAACUGGUACACGUUAGAGCGAUGUCUGGUUUCACAAUGCAGCUGGUAAUACGACGUCUCACGAUGGCGUUUGCUUUGUGUGGUGGAGUGUGUGCCGACCUGCAGCUCAUGAAUAGGUCGUCGCACGAUUACGUCGUGCAGCCACGCGCGGGCUGCCGAACCGCAGUCGCAGGCGACCACUGCUACGACAAAGUGUCGUGGGCGAUGCUGACGGGCGUCCAGAAAUACCCGGAUUGGUUUUCCCCCCUGACCAGCAGCUCCAGUUUCGAGGAUUUCCAGCGGCACCUGCACGCCAUGCCUAAGUUCUCCAACGCGUGCCCUGAGCCUUGUGCAGCGCGGGCGGUGGAGACUCCAGCAGUGCAAGCACAGUUGCCAGCAUCGGCCAGCUGCCACGCCCCGGUCGAGGGCGACGAGUGUCACAAGAGAGUGGUGUGGGCGAUGGAGAAGGGCGCCGUAAAGUAUCCUGCCCAAUUUGCCCCCCUGACCAGCCGAUCCAGUUUCGAGGAUUUCCAGCGGCACCUGCACGCCAUGCCUAAGUUCUCCAACGUGUGCCCUGAGCCUUGUGCAGCGCGGGCGGUGGAGAUUGUAGUACCAGCACCGUUGCCUCAAGUGUGUCACACGUCGGUCGACGGCGAAGCAUGUUACAGGAAAGUCAUGUGGGCCAUGGAGUCGGGCGUCGCAAAGUAUCCAGAUUGGUUUUUCCCCCUGACCAACACUUCUAAGUUUGAGGAUGUUCAGCGGCAUUUGCACGGCAUACCUAAGUUCUCUAUCGUAUGUCCUGAGCCGUGUGCAGCGCGGGCAGUGGAGGUCCGAGAGCCAAUACAGGUGCCAGCGCGGGAUUCAGCAAAGCCAACAGAGCGUGCCGUGAGGACACGAAUGGAGGGAUCUAAUCAAACAGGUGACCCAUGGAUCGUGAACGGUUACGAUCAAACGGGCAGCAAUUGCGAGUGUGGAAACAUAAUACAAUCGCUCCCCACAGGCUACGAGACUCCGUUACUAUGCGCGUCCGCGUGCAACAUGUACCCUCGUUGCAUGUCGAUUGGUGUUCACGAAGAUACCAUCUGGCCUGGCCAUUGUGAUCUUUUCGACGCGCCUUGCAACGACACGGACGGUCACGACGAAGCUGGCACCACUUGCGCCAAGCCCGUCCAUGAACAAGGCAUCAGCCUUAACUUCAACAGGGUGCAGACCGAUUCACCCACGCCUUCACCAACACCUGCACCAGAUGCGUGCGAAAUCGCGAAUGGAACUGGGCCGAGUGCUUCCUACCCAUGUGCAUGUGGACCUGUUGUUUGUGGAACGAGCGAAAUUUGUUCCAACGCGACAUGCUCCCCACCAUCGUAUCUCCACGUGGACUGGCCAUGCUCGUGGCCAUCGAUCGGCGACCCGAACUUCAUCAUCUCAGGAACCAGUGCGGGGGGGGCGCCGAUCUAUGUCAAUUUCCACGGCUCCUACAUCUAUUUUGACGAAUCGUGUGACGGAGAAGUUCGUGGGGGAGACAGCCGAGUACCCAGAUGGAUCAUCGACGACAGCGCGCCGAGUGUAUCAGCUGUCAUGGACCUGGACUCGGACAGGUCUUGCUCUUAUUAUGGGCACUACGAAUCUGACGACUCCCAUGGUCUCCCCUUGGGGAGCUCAACUUGGGUGACAUUCUGCGAGGGCGUUCUGCAGGCUGUUACUGCAGAGAUCACGUACCUGCACGAGGAGCCGAAUGUGACGGCGACCCCAGCCCCGACGCUGCCUCCCGGGACCGCGUGUCCUUGCGAUCAGAAGUGCGCUGGCUUCCCUUAUGUGGACACCGAUGGCGAUGGCUGCCUCAGCGAACCGGAGUGCAAAUAUUUACCGCCGGUCAUCGGGAACUUCGGCGAGCUCGACCUCGACGGGGAUGGUUGCGUGACCUUGAACGAGUGUGUAGAAUCCCCCUUGGGUGAGUUCUUGCCCAUGUUCCCUAUUUCUGCCCCGAACCACUGCGACUUCGGCCAUUAUUUUACUCCAGGCACGAGCCUGUGCGUCGUAUGCACCAAUGGGGAAACACGGCGUCGUCGUUCCGAGGCGUGCACCAAAUGCCCUCCCGGCAGGGACGACUUCGGUGAUUUCGACACGUGUAUCGGAGGGGCGUAUCUUAAGGAGCCUCUGUACCCAGGGAACUGCACGGCUUGUGUCAACUCAGACACCGAUGAGAACGGGCAAACGUUGACGAGAGGCGACUCAGUAGUAAUAUCGACGCGAAACCCCGAUCCAGGCCACUACGAGAUAGUGACCAUCAUUGGCAAAAUUACCGUAGAUAACCAGACGUGCUUCCAUGUUGAGCCUUGUGUCAACGACUCGUACGACCCGUACGAUUCGUUGAUCUCUGACUGUACUGAACACGACGGACGUAGCACUUCCUCGACCUACCCAUGUGGAUGUGGCGUUGACGAGUGCGCCGAGGGGGAAGUGUGCGACCUCGAUGGCAACGCAGGACGAGGAAUCUGCAUUCCACCCUCGUGGACUGUUCCCACCCCGGCUCCGACGGUGUCGGCCAGGGGUGAUCCGCACCUCGUCAAUUUGCAUGGAGAGCAUUUCGACGUGAACCACGGGGGCGAUUUCACUCUGCUGCGGAUCCCCCAGGCCCAAAGCGAACCUCCGAUGGUGAAGCUGAAGGCCUCCGUCCGCCCCGAGCACGGCAGGCCGUGCACCACGUACAUCACAGAGGUGGAGGUCUCGGGCAGCCUGCUCGGCGGCAGGACCCUGCAGGUGCGAUCCUACCUCAGGGCGCACGCCGAGAACGAGACCGACAAGUUCCUGGGCGUUCGGGUGCACGGCGUCGCUGGCAGCGACGGCCAAGCCGCCCUGCGCGACUACCUCUUCGGAGCCUGGCUGCACAAGUCGGCCGAGGAGGCGGCCCGGACGCUCCGCUUCGAGGAGUACUUCGUGACCAACCAGAAGGACAAGGAGGUGAACUUGCAGGUCCUGGCUGGCCUGGACGAGCGUGUGAAGGGCAUCCUGGAGCAGAACCCCAGCCUGGCGGCCGCCUUCUCCAGCAAGGGCGGCCGCGACACCCCGCCCGCGCCGGCCCCCAGCCUGGCGGCCGCCUUCUCCAGCAAGGAGGCCGCGCCCGGGCUCCUGGAGGCGCUGCGGGGCGACGCCGAAUCGGGUGUGCGCCGGGAGGCGGCGGCGGCGCUCGGGAAGCUCGGCGCCGCGGAGGCCGCGCCCGGGCUCCUGGAGGCGCUGCGGGGCGACGCCGAAUCGGGUGUGCGCCGGGAGGCGGCGGCGGCGCUCGGGAAGCUUGGCGCCGCGGAGGCCGCGCCCGGGCUCCUGGAGGCGCUGCGGGGCGACGCCGAUUCGGUCGUGCGCUGGGAGGCGGCGGCGGCGCUCGUGAAGCUCGACGCCGCGGAGGCCGCGCCCGGGCUCCUGAGGAUGCUGGAGGAGGACGUUGAUCCGGAGUUUCGCCGAACGGCGGCCAAGGUGCUCGACAGGUUCGACCCCAAGGACCUCGCCUUGCAGCUUGUGCGCACGGUCAGGAACAGGGACAUGAGCAUCCCUUGGCGCGAGAUCGCGGCUUCGGAGCUGGCCAGGCUGGUCACCAAAGAUGCCGCUGUGGCGCUGGCGCUGGCCGACGAGCACGCCGACGCGUUGCACGACGCGGCGCAGGAGGAGGAGGUUGGCAAAGUCUUCCGCGACAGCUGCGCCAAGGCUGUGGGUAAGAUCGACGCGGCGCACGCGCAGGCGGCCGACGACGCAGCCAGGCACGGCACAGCUACGCAGCACAGGGCUUCCACUUCUGGUUCAUGAGCCGCGAGGAGUUCCUGGCACUGCCUGAGGACAGGCCAAUGCCCCGCCACCAGACCCUGAGGGAUCAGGGCAAGUUGGUGCGCAUCUUCAUGACCGACGCAGACGUCCUGUCUGGAGCGGCGAGGACAAAGGCUGCAGUCAGCCAUCGCUGGAUCAGGCAUUGGCACAUUGACCCGGACUGCACCAAGCUGAAGAAACUGAAAACGAUUCUGCGCGAGAGCCCGGACAUCACCCACGUCUGGAUCGACUGGGCGUGCAUUCCGCAGAAAUGGAAGGACGACGCCACGGAAGGGCGCAAAACAUUCGUGGAGCAGGAGGAAUUUAACAGGACUUUGGCGAACGUCCUCCCAUAUCCGUAAUGGCUUCGCCCCCUGCCGCCGGCCCCCUCUCUCGGAGAAUGGGCCAUGGAAGAGCUAAGUCAUGAGGCUUUGCGCU